ACACAGUUCCAGCUGCAAGCUUAAGUCUCAACUUGCAAAAAUCCAGAAAACUCACAUUUCAACAUGAACUUCCACAAGGUUUUUAUCUUCGUCGCUCUCAUCCUGGCCAUCAGCUUAGGUCAAUCUGAGGCCGGUUGGUUGAAGAAGAUUGGAAAGAAAAUCGAACGCAUUGGCCAGCACACUAGGGAUGCGACCAUUCAGGGAUUGGGAAUUGCACAACAGGCUGCGAAUGUGGCCGCCACUGCCAGAGGCUAAGGAUAUUAAAAUAUUAUAAAA